GCCCGGAGAGGAUGAAGUGUAGCGCGCUGCGCUCUGUCAACACGGGUCUGAGAGCGAAUAACAGUACGGAGAAUUUCAUCAAAUGCACUGCUCGACUCUUUCUGAUGUAGUGUGCAAUAAGUAACCUGCGGCAAAGUGGAGACUUUGAUUGUUAAAAAAGGCUUAUGGGACAUCACCACGAAGCGAUUUUAAGGCAGGAGAAAUAAACAGAGCUGCAGACGGUGCCCUCUCUCUGCUUGGAGUCUGAUUAUCUGUCCGGUCUCCAGCUCGUCUGUUUCGGGUUGUCUGGUUCAGGCGAGCAGUGAUCUUCCACAGCAGACAUCUCCGGGGACUGCGGCUAGUGGUCUGAGGAGGAGUCAUGGGGCCGGUGCGGACCUACCCAUUAGCCCUGCCUGUGCUGACUGUUCUAAGCCUCAUUAUCAGUGUAUGGAGCCUCAACCCAGAUGACCCUAAUGUCUGCAGCCACUGGGAGAGCUAUGCAGUGACCGUUCAGGAGUCCUACGCCCAUCCGUUUGACCAGAUCUACUACACAAGGUGCACCGACAUCCUCAACUGGUUUAAAUGCACCAGACACAGGACCAGCUACAAGACAGCGUACCGGCGCGGAGUGAGGACCAUGUACCGCCGUCGCUCACAAUGCUGCCCAGGGUACUUUGAAAGCGGAGACUUGUGUGUCCCUCGAUGUUCUGAGGAGUGCGCCCAUGGUCGUUGUGUAUCUCCGGACACGUGUCAGUGUGAGCCGGGCUGGGGAGGACUGGACUGCUCUAGUGGUUGUGAAAGUGGCCACUGGGGGCCACACUGUAGCAGUCGCUGCCAGUGUAAGAAUGGAGCCCUGUGUAACCCCAUCACAGGAGCCUGUGUCUGCACAGACGGCUACCAAGGCUGGCGCUGCGAGGAUCAUUGUGAACCUGGCUACUAUGGCAAGGCCUGCCACCUGAAAUGUCAAUGCCUUAACGGUGCCACCUGCCACCAUGAGACGGGGGAAUGCAUAUGUGCACCAGGCUAUAUGGGCCCCAUCUGUGGAGAGCGCUGUCCCUCUGGAAGUCACGGGCCACAGUGUGAGCAGCGCUGCCCCUGUCAGAACGGAGGAACCUGCCAUCACAUCUCGGGCGAGUGUUCCUGCCCUGCUGGAUGGAUGGGGUCUGUGUGUGCCCAGCCAUGUCCAUUUGGCAAAUAUGGCAUCAACUGCAGCAAGGAAUGCUCGUGUCGUAAUGGAGGACUCUGUGACCACAUCACAGGACAGUGCCAGUGUAUGGCAGGCUAUAGUGGCCACAGGUGCCAGGAGGAAUGUCCUGUCGGGACUUAUGGCCCCCACUGUGCCCUUCACUGUGACUGUCAUAACGGGGCCAAAUGUUAUCACAUCAACGGGGCAUGUUUGUGCGAUACGGGAUUCAAAGGGCCUCACUGCCAGGACAGAUUCUGUCCACCUGGUCUCUACGGACUCAUCUGUGACAGAUACUGCCCCUGUAAUGCCACCAACACGCUCAGUUGCCACCCUUUGACAGGUGAAUGCUCUUGUACAGCUGGGUGGUCAGGUCUGUACUGCAAUGAGACCUGUCCCCCCGGUUACUAUGGGGAAGGAUGUAGUGUUCCGUGCCGGUGUGUUAAUGGAGCAGACUGUCACAGUCUCACCGGGGCAUGUAUCUGUGCCCCGGGCUACAUGGGAGAUGACUGUUCCCAGACAUGCCCACCAGGGCUGUACGGUACUAACUGCACUUCUGCCUGCCACUGCCACAACCUGGCAUCCUGUUCCCCAAUCGACGGCUCUUGCAUAUGUAAAGAAGGUUGGCAAGGUGUCGACUGUUCCAUCCUUUGCUCCAGCGGCACUUGGGGUUUGGGCUGUAACCAAACUUGCCUGUGUGCCAAUGGUGCGGCUUGUGACCCAAUAGACAGCUCUUGUUCUUGCACCUCAGGGUGGAGAGGGGAACGGUGCCAGCAGCCCUGCCCCGAUGGCACAUAUGGGCUGGAGUGUCGAGAGCGUUGUGACUGUAACCACGCUGAUGGAUGUGACCCUGUGAGUGGCUUCUGUCGCUGCCUGCCGGGAUGGACGGGCAUCCACUGUGACAGUAUAUGCCCUCAAGGUUUCUGGGGGCCUAACUGCUCCAUGACCUGCUCGUGCCAAAAUGGUGGAUCAUGCUCUCCUGAAGAUGGUACAUGCGUGUGCGCUCCCGGCUACCGUGGCACUUCCUGCAAGAGAAUAUGCCCUCCUGGUUUUUAUGGGCACCGCUGCAGUCAGUCAUGUCCACAGUGUGUGCACAGCACCGGGCCCUGCCAACACGUCACGGGUCACUGUGAAUGCCUGGCCGGCUUCUUUGGCUCUCUUUGCAACAAAGUGUGUCCCAGUGGCAAAUAUGGGAAAGCCUGUGGUGAGAUCUGUGUGUGUACAAACAACGGCACCUGCAACCCUAUCGACGGUUCCUGUCAAUGUUUCCCUGGGUGGACUGGAGACGACUGCUCACAGAUUUGUCCCAUAGGCCAGUGGGGCCCUGACUGCUUGAACUCAUGUAACUGUCACAACGGAGCCCAAUGUAGUGCCUACGAUGGAGAGUGCAGGUGCAGCCCAGGCUGGACCGGCCUCUACUGUACACAGCGCUGCCCCUCAGGGUUUUAUGGGCGAGACUGUGCAGAGAUGUGCCGCUGUCAAAACGGAGCUGACUGUGAUCAUAUCACUGGCCAGUGUGCCUGUCGGACUGGCUUUAUUGGAAUCAACUGUGAACAGAAGUGUCCUCCAGGGACGUUUGGCUACGGGUGCCAGCAACUGUGUGAAUGUAUGAACAACGCCACCUGUGACUAUGUGACCGGAACAUGCUACUGCAGCCCCGGAUACAAAGGAAUCCGCUGUGACCAGGCUGCUCUGGUAAUGGAGGAGCUGAACCCCUACACUAAGAUCAGUCCCGCUCUGGGUUCAGAGCGCCAGUCCGCCGGGGCCGUCAUGGGCAUCAUCUUCCUACUCCUCAUCAUCAUGGCUAUGCUCAGCCUGUUUGUUUGGUUCAGACAGAGACAGAGAGACAAAGGGCAGGACAUGCCCAGCGUCUCGUACACCCCCGCCAUGCGUGUCACAAACACUGAUUACUCUCUCUCCGAAACAUCCCAGAGCACUAGUGCCGGUCAGUGCUUCUCCAAUCCUAGCUACCAUACUGUAGCACAAUGCAACAUCCCUUCCUCCUCCCCCAACAACCUGGACGGCAGUCUCACGCUUAAGAAAGGUGACAAGAGCAAUUCAGAAUGGAGAGCUUACUGCAAUCUCAAUGACCUGGGAGUAACAAGAGGAGACACACUUACACUGAGAGACAACAAAACCACCCGCACGGCCAAAGAUUAUAUAAAGGCCUCCAUGUGCAGCUCCAGCUCGUGUUCCCUAAACAGCGAGAACCCGUACGCCACCAUCCGUGAUCCGCCCGGUCUGGCGUGUAAGCACACUGAAAGCAGUUACGUGGAGAUGAAGUCUCCUGCUCACAGAGACCUGACCUUCUGCUCCAGCACCAGCUCAACUCUGACCACCGCCAGCCGGAACGUGUAUGACGUUGAACCCACAGUGAGUGUUCUUCAGGGACCCAAUGGACUGGCGACCGGUUUCUCCCAAAGUCCUUACGACCUCCCGCGGAACAGCCACAUUCCAAGCCACUAUGACAUCCUGCCCAUGCGCCACAGCCCCACGCAUACACCUCCAGACAGCCCCCCGAGCUCCCUGCUGUAGAGCCCCCUCCUCCAAUGAACAGGGACUGAAGACUGGUUGCUCCGGGGUCUCUUUUUAUUCAAUAUCUUUUUCUCUUCUCAUCUCUCUUUCUCUCAAACACACAUUCAAGUACAGAUGCAUGAGUAGAUUAUGUUGGACUUUCUCUUACUGAGGAUGGAGAAAUUGGACACGGACCGUACACUAGACCAACUGCUGAGAUUUGGAUACCAGCGAAUAUUCAUUUUCAUUCUCAUCUAUCACUGACUUUUUAUAACAAGCUGUGUGUAAUACAUCGGGAAAUUCAGGUGUAGGAAAAGCAUCUUUGCUUAAAGGUCUCUGAUUGGCUUUCGGGUGGUUCAUGAGAUCAUGAUACCGAGGGAAUUUUUCAUGGAAACAUACCGGACAGUAUGUUGAUUCUCAAUGAUUUGAGCUCCUCACACUGGAAAAGAUAAUCAAUGCAACUCAAUGAUCCAGAACUACUAACCUGGAGUUGGUAUCGAUUUGGAACGGAGAGCCAGGGGUGUCCGUGAGGGGGCAGUUCCCUGCACCCCCUGCGCAAUUCAGCAUUCAGAAAUGAGGCCUUGGUGACAAAGCAUGGUUUAAGAGAAAUACAAAGAGUUCAAUUGUACACCUGCAGUCAUUACUUCAGUUAAGGGAAUAUUGAUGGAGACUUUAUAACACAUUCACAAGACCGCUUAUAAACCUAAACAGAAAUAUUUAUAAAAGUUUAUGAAGAGAGCCUGGGGUCAACAUGAGCUUUGUAAUACUGUAAUGCUCAUUUGUGUAACAACCUGGUGCUUUCUACUGUACAUAGAAAUUUAUGACUGUUCCUAUGAGUUAUUUGGGUGCGUAUGUCUCAUGAAUGUGGGAUUAAGUUGUGUUUCUCAAGUAACGCUUUUCAGAACUAUCAAUUGUUUUCAGUUAUUAUUUGUAUGUUUGCAUUUUAAAACAUCAGUUGGUGGGCCUCGAAGGGGUUUUAUUUUGUGAAUAUGUAUUUGAUGUUUAUUUAUACUUUGUUAGUGCAAAUGAUGUUUUUCUUUGUUGUGUAAGUUAAACAUAUUUAAAAAGAAAAAAUAGCAUGAGCAAAUAAUGAUACCCAUAGUGACCAAUUAUUUUCACGUGCUUUUGCUGUUUGUGCACAGGAUAUAUAUUUGAACUCAACAUUAUAUGUUAGCGCUCACGAUAAAAUAGACUCCAGGAUCAGACCUCAAACAUGUCCUUAUAGUAUAAUAGAUUCGGCUACGUGUUCCUUUCCUUGUGUAUCAGUAGUGUGUUUUAUGAGUCCAGCUUCUGUUGCGUUUAUUUCAGCUUUGUUUUGAAGUGGCUGCAUUCACUCACGAUAGCAAUAACAUGGUGACAAUCCUUCAUAAAUAAAACAAUGCAUUUCAUCUAA